UGGCGGUUCUUCUUUGCGCCCACACACGCAACUUUUCUUCGUCGUUGCCUUUCUAUCGGCUGGUCCGGUGAAAUAGGUCAUACACUCGAGUUCUUCCAUCGACCUUUUGACGCUACAUUCCAACAACUAAAGCCAUGCGAACCUACAAUACACUUAUUCCUUUCGUGACUCUCGCUGUUGCGCUUGCGGCGAACGCUGCUCCCCCUACGUACUCUUCGAGUGAGGGUUCCUACACUCACACAGCCUUAAUCAGGGAUGCUAUGUCUCCCGACGGCUUCGUUGAGGCACGCGGCUUCGCCGACGACGAUCGCUACCUGUUCGAGCGUUCACCUCCUUCUUCCUCUGAUGCUCCUCCUCCUCCUCCCAGCGGCGUUCAGGACACUUCCCCGGGCGGUGCUACGUCUCCAGCUGCUGUGCCUGGAUCUUUGUUCUCUGGUCCAUCUCCUUACGCCCCACCAACAAAACCUCUUUCUCCUAUCCCUCAGGGAUCUCCUCAAUUUCGUCGUGAAGCAGCUCAGGAACACCACAAUUCACCAGCACCGGAAGGGGAAAAGAAGGAGCCUCUUAAUCAGCAGAAAGUGGAGGAGCCUCACCAUACGGGGGAUUCGCAGCCGCUGGAAUGGGUGCUGGUGCAUUGAUAACCGGACUAGGUUUGAUGCAUGCAGGAAGUAAGGAAUCAUCUC